AUGACUGCUAUUGGCGUGAUGAUAUCCAAGACAACUUUGAGUGGGUCUCCGAGUUCCAUGACCAACUUCUGCUACAACGACACCAGCGGAACAGGCAGUGAUUUCCGCAAUGCAGUCCAGCAAAUUGAGGAACGCAGGCUACUUAGAUAUACACAAUUUCCUUCACUGACAGGCAUUUAUGACUGCCCCAGAGAUCAUUCAGAAAAUAAAAUAAAGACAGUCAGGUGGGAAAAGGAAGUAACAUCAACAGUUAAAGCUCCACACAGAGCUUAUGAUAAUUUAAUUGAUCCUAUAUCAGGGUUUGUUAACAAUUACGCUGUUGAUGAUGUAGACGGGAAUAUAGGGAACAUUCCAGUUGAAUCCAUGGUCCAGUUAAUAAAAACACCACAGUAUAUAAUACCAAGAGCAGAAACUUUACAACAGAAGAAAUUAGUUUCCCCAUGUGAUUUAACUGGAUUGAAUACAUGGUCGCCUGGAGCACCGACUGCCUGGAAUAGCAGGAAGACACAAGAUAUGUGGAUUAGAUCCAAACUUGGAGGCUGGACUAGUGAUGUUGACCCAAGGAAGGCAAACGAUUUAGGAACAAAGCCACAGAGUUCUCUGGAGAAAGAAGAGAGUCAGAAUGUGCAAGAUCAGUUGGCUCUCAAGUAUAUAUACAGUAGCUCUACACAAAGAGGUUAUGAAGAUGUGCCGUGGGAUAGCAUCUUACAACCUAAACAGUGGCCAUCAACAUUAUCCGUGUAUGACAAGCCAGAUCUUGUUCUGUAUCAACGAAAUGCUAAAACCUGCAGCCCAGAAAAGCAACAUUGCCAGAUGUCAAAUGCAAGCACCUCAGGGAUUUCGUCAAGAUAUCCUAACUGCCAGGAUGGUUUAAAGAACUGUGCUUCACUGGAAUACCAAUUACAACAGUCACCGUUAUACAGAUCAUAUGCUCUAGAGAAGCCAUCUUGUGAUCACAGGAGGAAGUCUCGCAUGUCUAAGAUGGUCACCUUAGUUCCCCCAUAUAACCCAUUCAGUGUUGUAGAGAAAGUUCCACUGCAUUCUUGA